GGGCUAUAUUUUUUCUAUGUAUUUGUGGGAUGAGGGCGAAAUUGCUAAUUUGUUAAGUAUUUAAACUGAAGUGUGGCCACUAGAGAGCAGCACUAUAAAAAUUAAAAGUGUGAGGUAUAAUAAGAAAAAGAAAGAGAUAGUCGUCAAAAACUGUAUCAUUUGUGAUUAUUUUUUUUUGUUAUUUUUGUGUUGUUUUUAUUUUUAAACUUAUAUACUCUACUUUAAAACGCUCGUAAAAGAAAAUUAAUCACUGGAAAUUAUAUAGAAAUAUUGUUUUUCAAUCUUUCCCUGUUUCUGUAAAAUUUUGGUGAGAGGUUAUGUUUACUGGUCAACAAGUGAACCAAUCAGCAAAGACGGAUUUAAAAACGAAAAGUGAAGGACAGGUUAUUGAAAAAGGAUACACAGAAUCAAAACGUAAUCAAAUUAUAUCACUAAGGAGUGAAAAUGUCUGAUUUAAUUGAUCUUACUAGUCCUGAGAAUAAAAAAAUUCAGCCUCCUAAACUUUCUUCGCCGUUAAUACCAGUGCCAAAGGACGAUGUUGAGUCAAAUAAAGCAGACUCAAUGGCUGUGCCAGCUCGAAGAAGCUUGAAUGAUAAUCCUUUUGACGUAGCACUACAAAAAACUAAUGAAUACAUAAGAAAAUGUCAAGAUCCUUUUGAAAUAGUAUUUGAAAAAGCAAUUAAUCAUGAAAAUAAAAAUGAAUCAGAGCCCAGGCUAUCAGCUAGCUCUAAAGAUGAUUAUUGUUGCAAGCGUUCAAGACAUCCAGAUGCUGUAAAGAUGAAUAAAACUUUUACAGAUAGUCAAUCACCAAACUUUUCUAAUAUUUUAAAUAAUCAAUCAUCGUCAUUAUCUCACUGGAAAAAUUAUGCAAUCACUGACCUAGCUAAUACUUUACCCAGUGAAGUUUUACGAAAGAAAAGUAUACCAGAAAGUUCAGUUACGUUUGAUAAAAAAAAUAUGCCAUUGAUAUCAAUAGAUCCACCAACACCAAACUUUGAUCUAUCAAUUUUAAAUCAAUCAAUGUUGAACAAUACUUUCUCAGAUGAGUAUGGUACUGAAAGACCAAGUAUUGGAAAAUUUUUAAACAAAACGACUGCUUCAUGUAUCGGAGAAACAUCGAUUCUCAAUCAAUCAGCCAUGAACGAUAGUCUUUCAGGAUCAGGUAGCUCGGAUGAUGGUCUCAUAAAAUCAAUCGUUAACCACAGAAUUGAUUCUUGUAUCAAACAAGCUUUAGAGAAAACUGAGAUACACUCUGAUAAAUUAACUGAUCAAUACCAUAAACUUCGUCGUUCACUUUCUCAAGGCGAUGAAAUUGCAGUAGGAAAAUUAAGAAAAAUGCAAUCACAAUCAACUAAUGAGAGUAAAAAUUUUUCAAUUCUCAAUAAUAAAUCAUCUAUAUUACGUGAGGAAGAUUUCAAUAAUGGUUUUCUAAAAACAACUGCUGCUAGGUUUUCUACAACUUCAGAAGUUUCAACCAUUUCUACUAUAUCAGCUAUUUCAAGAUUAAACUCGGCUUUAAGUUAUACUGCUUCUUUUGGGGACUCAGAUAACCCUAUUAACAAUGCAUUUAUAAAAAGUUGUUUAUCACUAACAAGUGAAACACCACAAAAAAGACAAAAAUCAAUAACUACUAAUUCUCGAAUUGCAAGCGCCAACUCUUUGACAAAAAUUUCUGAUUUAGCAGAUCAGUUUAAUAUCCUGAAAUUGAAAUCUAAUAAUUUCUACAGUGUAGGAACGCCCAUUUCCAAUCAAGAGAAAUGCAAUAUUUCGAAUGACUCUGUGUUUACUGAAGAUGCACCAAUUCAUAAUACACUUAAUCUGGAACAGCUUGAACAAUCCAAAUCGCAUACUUCAAACAGUAGCGUUGGAGAAGAUUUACUUCCGAAAAAACUACCGGAUGAUUUAGAUUUAUCUUUAGAAAAUGAAAUACAUGUUGAUAACUUGAUUGAGCUACAUACCUCAAAUAGUUUCAAUAACACCGAGUCUAAUCCAUGUGAGAACAAUCAAUCCUUGCCACAAAAAAAAGAAGAUGUAAAAAUCGAUACUGUGAAAGAAUUAGAACAGGAAUUAAUUGAACCAGAGAAAAAACCUGUGGCAGCUACACUUCUCAUGGAACUCCAGAAGUUAAUAAAAACAAAAAAUAAUCCAAAGGCAGCGGAACUUCUAGAAAAACUAGAAGAAUACUUGGGUGUUAAAUGUCACAGUAAUGUAGAGCUAUUAGAGAUGUGUUUUCACAAUGCUAAUGAAUCAAAAGAACAUGUUGAUAUCAAUAAAGCAGAUCAAGUAUCCUCGAAAGCAGAGAAGAGUAAAGUGAAUGUUAGUGAGGAAGAUAAUGUUAAUAUUGAAUUGAAUGAUAAUUUAAAGAGAAAAGAUAGUAUUUCAAAUAUUAAAAAAAAUUUAAAUAAUGAUGAGAAAAUCAACAAAGGUAACAAGGCUUUAACGGUAAGUGGUGAAGUAGAGUGUGAAGAGAAGAAACCAGAUAAUUUAUUUGGAACACAAAAAUUGAUUAUGGAUAUUCAGUUGGCACUGCGACAAUUACUCACUGAUUACAAUGGAGAGCCCACGUUAUUUCUGGAGAACUUGAAAAAAGUAAUAAAUCCAAUACCUAAUGAAAAAACAGUGGAAAAGGUAAAAAACAAAAAAACUCUGUCGAGCAGAGUCUCUCUUUCACCAAAAAAAAGCUCUGGGUUAGUAAAUCGAUCGCUUAAAUCUCCAAUGAGACAAAGUUUCGGUUCUAAUUCUGUAAAAAAGCUUCCAUCGAUUAAAAGACGUGCAUCAAUAUCUCAAAUACCAGAAACCAACAUUCCAAAAGCUGAGGUGAAAUCAAGAGCUGAUAGUCCGAAAAAAGAAAUUAAAAAACGUAUUUCUAGUUAUGGCGAAUCAUCCUUGGAGAAAAAUAAAGUGAAAAUCGAGCCUCAGCCAAUUAAAAUAAAGUCUUCUGUACCAGUUUUUAAUAAAACUAAAUUGAAAAAGAAGAGUGAAGUUGAUGCCCCCGUAAAAAAAGGUCCACUAAAAGCUGUUAUUCCUUUGGGAAACAUGCAAAGGAAAACUACUGUAGGCAUGAAAGUGUCUAUCGUUGUUGAACCAACUACCCCACCGAAAUCUAGUCAUCAUACCUCUUCUUUUCGACCGGGUAGCACUCCUAUUCGUGAGCAGAUGAAUACUUUAGAACGAAUAAAGACAUCAAAAAAAGUAAAACCUGUAGCUUCUUCUACUCCAGAAAUAGCGAAUAAAAGUCUGAAUAUUAAAGAAAGAGUUUCAUCAAGUCCCAGACACAAUAUGUCUUGGAAUAUAUCUCCAGUCACUCCAAAUCCUUCACUCAAUUCUAGCAACGUUGGCAAGAAUAAUCCUAUCAAAAGAAUUCAAAGUGAUAAAGUUCUUGUACCAUCGCCGAAAGCUCGUAAUGUAACUCCACGUAGAUUGGAGCAAACAUCAGAAAUAUCCAAGCAUUCUAAUGUACUUAAUAAUUCAUUGAAAAAUACUUCUAGCAAAAUUAAUCAUAGUCGUUAUUCUGAACCUGUCAAGAAUAAUGGUAUUAAUAAGAGCGUCGCUGCUGAGAAAUCACACAAAUCAAUUCAAAGUCCUUUAAAGGAAAAAAAUAGUCCUGUACUCAAAAAUAAAUUAAAUCUUUCAAUUUCAAAACUACGCCGUCAUAGUGCCAGUAUUACAACUACAGAAAAAGAGAAUAAGGCUAAAAAGUAAAUUUAUAUUUUUAUAAUCUCAAUGAAUAAAUUUUUUCUGUUGAUACUCAUGUAAUGAAUUAAAAAAUUUUUUUGUACUUUUUCAAUAAAAAAUUUUUUUAAUGUUUGA